AUGGGCCUCAACAACCACUACCGCUCCGUUUCCACCAACGACGAAUCCUUCCCACUCUCGGAAAAGAGUCAACCAAGAGCAGGCUGGGGUAAACAGUCCAUCUGUCUUUCUAUCGCGACCGGCACGCUGUUCAUUGCCAUCAUCGUCGCCAUCUUUUCUCUGAUUUCUUCUGUAUUUGUCUCCAACACCAACACCACAAAAUCCGAUGCCCUCUCCGCCUCGACCACCAGCGCAGCCGCAGUUGCCGCUAGCACCUCCGCUGUCGCAGUCACUCCUCCAGUCGACGACUCGAUAAAAUCCGCUGAGGGUUCCGACGGCUCGACUCAAAAAGCAGAAAUCGAUCACUGCGGCUUUUCCCCCGAAGAGGCAAGAGAACGUGGCUGCAUCUUUGACGUGAUGAUGCAACUCUGGACUCCCGCAGCCUGUUUCGAUGAAACCCUCUCGAAUCGCUUCCUGGAGGUCGGCAACUGGACCUGGUACGCUGAUCCAUCUGCCAGUCACAUCUACACGUUGGAGGAAAUGAGAAAGGGCGAACACGAUGCGGUCUAUGUCGCUCAAGAUUACCAUGUCACUCACUGCAUCUACGCCUGGGAGAAAUUGGUCCGGUCUAUGAGGAAUCAACAACCCCUCAUCACCGAGUUGAUCUCUUAUGACCAUGUCAUCCACUGCAGACAUAAAACCCUCCAGAGAACCGACGGAGGCGAUUCCAUCCGUGGUGUCCGUGCUCCUACCGGAUAUACACAGUGCGCACCAUACGACACCUGGAAGGACCAUCUCCCUCCUAAUGAGCACUCUUCAACAGACUGA